UCUCUCUCUCUCAUAAGCUUUUUGGUAAGCUUCUUUCUUCUUCUUCUUCGCUUCCGUUUCACGAAACCAAUUGAUGCUCCAAACUCCCUCCAUUUCUCUCUCUCUCCUCUCUCAAGGAGGGGUUUGACUGAUGCUUUGGACGGUGUCUCUGAGGUAGAUCUGGAGAACGGCAAGUAAGCCUCUCGCUUGAUUUGAUCAGGAUUGUGAAGCGAAGCGAAGCUGGCGACGACAACGCUGUCUUGGAGGCUUGCCAGCAAUGGCAGCAGCCUUGCCACUAAUGAUUUGGAAAGAAAUGGUGAUAUGAAAGUUCAAGAUUCGGAGCCUCCAACUCCACUUUCUGUAGCAAAGAUGGGGUCAAGAGACCGCAGUAGCAUGGAGGAUCCAGAUGGGACCCUGGCAAGUGUUGCCCAAUGCAUUGAGCAGCUACGUCAGAGUUCUUCAUCUGUACACGAGAAAGAGUAUUCAUUGAAGCAGUUGCUGGAACUUGUUGAUACGCGUGAAAAUGCUUUCAGUGCUGUCGGAUCUCAUUCUCAAGCUGUUCCAGUUCUUGUUUCUCUUCUCCGAUCAGGAUCACUUGGAGUGAAGAUACAAGCUGCUACUGUUUUAGGCUCUCUGUGUAAGGAGAAUGAACUGAGGGUAAAAGUCUUGCUUGGUGGAUGUAUUCCGCCACUGCUUGGUUUGCUCAAGUCUAGCUCAGCAGAAGGUCAAGUUGCUGCAGCAAAGACCAUCUAUGCUGUUUCUCAAGGUGGUGCUAGAGAUCAUGUUGGGUCAAAGAUUUUUUCAACUGAAGGAGUUGUGCCAGUGCUUUGGGGGCAGCUGGAAAAUGGUAAUUUGGUUGAUGGCUUGUUGACUGGGUCACUAAGAAACCUUUCAAGCAGCACGGAAGGAUUCUGGACAGCAACAUUACAAGCCGGAGGAGUUGAUAUACUAGUGAAGUUGCUGAAAACUGGAGAGUCGAGCACUCAAGCUAAUGUGUGCUUUCUUCUUGCAUGUGUGAUGAAGGAGGAUGCGUCUGUUUGUUCUAAGGUGCUAGCUGCAGAGGCUACGAAACAACUUCUCAAGCUAUUGGGGCCUGGUAAUGAAGCUUCCGUCAGAGCAGAAGCUGCAGGUGCUCUUAAAUCUCUCUCUGCUCAGUGCAAAGAAGCGAGGCGGGAUAUAGCUAAUUUUAAUGGUAUUCCUGCUCUCAUAAAUGCUACAAUAGCCCCUUCAAAAGAAUUCAUGCAGGGUGAGUAUGCUCAAGCGUUGCAGGAGAAUGCGAUGUGUGCUUUAGCAAACAUUUCUGGUGGUUUAUCAUAUGUCAUCUCAAGUCUUGGUCAAAGCCUUGAAUCAUGUACUUCACCUGCCCAAGUUGCUGAUACCUUGGGGGCUUUAGCUUCGGCUCUUAUGAUAUAUGAUAGCAAAGCAGAAUUAACCAGAGCAUCAGAUGCUCUGGCUGUUGAGCAGACUUUGCUUACACAGCUAAAACCUCGCCUACCAUUUCUUGUGCGGGAACGGACUAUAGAAGCCCUUGCCAGUUUAUAUGGGAAUCCAAUACUCUCAACUAAACUUGCAAAUUCCGAUGCAAAACAUUUACUUGUUGGUUUGAUUACAAUGGCAGCAAAGGAAGUUCAGGAUGAGCUUGUAAGAGCUUUGCUUACACUUUGCAAUAAUGACGGCAGUCUAUGGCGUGCACUGCAGGGCCGUGAAGGGGUUCAGCUAUUGAUAUCUCUUCUUGGACUUUCAUCUGAACAGCAACAAGAAUGUGCAGUUGCGCUUCUUGGUCUGUUGUCUAAUGAAAAUGAUGAGAGUAAAUGGGCUAUUACUGCUGCUGGUGGCAUACCUCCACUUGUUCAGAUUCUGGAGACCGGAUCCGUGAAAGCUAAGGAAGAUUCAGCAACAAUCCUUCGGAACCUGUGCAAUCACAGUGAAGAUAUUCGUGCUUGUGUUGAAAGUGCUGAUGCUGUUCCUGCACUUUUAUGGCUUCUGAAGAAUGGAAGUGCGAAUGGGAAAGAAAUUGCAGCAAAGACUUUGAAUCAUUUAAUCCAUAAAUCUGAUACUGCAACUAUUAGCCAGCUGACUGCAUUAUUAACCAGUGAUCUUCCUGAAUCUAAAACAUAUGUUUUGGAUGCUUUAAGAAGUAUGCUCUCUGUGGUUCCACUCAAUGAUAUAUUGCGUGAAGGAAGUGCUGCUAAUGAUGCAAUAGAGACGAUGAUAAAAAUAUUGAGCUCAACUAAAGAAGAGACUCAAGCCAAGUCUGCAUCUGCUCUAGCUGGAAUUUUCGAAACUAGGAAAGACUUGCGUGAAACUGGAAUUGCUGUUAAAACUCUUUGGUCAGUGAUGAAGUUGCUUAAUGCUGAAUCUGAAACAAUCCCGGUUGAGGCCUCACGUUGCCUUGCUUCGAUUUUUCUUUCAAUUAAAGAGAAUAAAGAAGUGGCUGCUGUUGCUAGGGAUGCAUUAUCUCCUCUGAACGUCCUUGCUAACUCUGCCGUUCUGGAUGUUGCAGAGCUAGCAACAUGUGCCUUGGCAAAUCUUAUUCUUGAUAAUGAAGUUUCGGAGAAAGCAGUGGCUGAAGAAAUUAUUCUGCCCGCUACAAGAGUUCUGCGUGAAGGCACAGUAUCUGGGAAGACCCAUGCAGCAGCGGCAAUUGCUCGCCUUCUCCACUCUCGCCAAAUUGAUUAUGCUUUGAACGAUUGUGUAAAUCGUUCGGGAACUGUUCUUGCAUUAGUUUCUUUUCUAGAAUCUGCUGAUAGUGGAUCCGCUGCUGCAGCUGAGGCACUUGAUGCACUUGCUAUUCUGUCUAGGUCGGGAGGAAUGAGUGGUGGGCAAACAAAACCUGCAUGGGCAGUUUUGGCAGAAUACCCAAAAAGCAUAGCCCCUAUAGUUUUUUCUAUUGCUGAUGCAUCACCUACGUUGCAGGAUAAAGCUAUUGAAAUUUUGUCACGACUCUGCAGAGACCAGCCUAUUGUUCUAGGAGACACCGUUGCCAGUUCCUCUGGAUGUAUAUCAUCAAUUGCCAAAAGGGUGAUCAAUUCUGCAAACAUAAAAGUUAAAAUUGGGGGAGUUGCACUCCUUAUUUGUGCCGCAAAAGUCAGUCAUCACAGGGUGGUGGAAGAUCUUAGUCAAUCAAACUCAUGCACCGUUGUCAUUCAAUCUCUUGUUGCAAUGCUAAGUUCCUCUCAGUCGUCUUCGGCAAACCCAGUGGAUAACGAGGAGUCCAUCAGCAUUUUUAGACAUAAUAAAGAAGAAACCAGGACAGAUGAGUCUGAUACGAGCACAGCAGUUAUUUCUGGUGUUGAUUUAUCCAUUUGGCUGCUCUCUGUUCUUGCCUGUCAUGAUGAAAAGAGCAAAAUAGUGAUUAUGGAGGCCGGAGCAGUUGAAGUCCUCACCGACAGGAUCGCAAAUUGUUCUUCACGUUAUUCUCAGAUUGAUUUUCAAGAAGAUAACAGCAUCUGGAUUUGUGCGUUAUUGUUAGCAAUUUUGUUUCAAGAUAGAGAUAUCAUAAGAGCACAUGCGACCAUGAAAUGUAUUCCCGUCAUUGCAAACAUGUUGAAGUCAGAGGCGUCAGCAAACAGAUAUUUUGCUGCACAGGCAGUUGCUAGUCUUGUCUGUAAUGGUAGCAGGGGAACACUUCUAUCUGUUGCAAAUUCUGGUGCAGCAGGUGGGCUUAUUUCCCUACUUGGCUGUGCUGAUGCUGAUAUAAGCAAUCUUCUGGAGUUGUCAGAGGAGUUUGGGUUGGUGCGUUAUCCAGAGCAAGUUGCUCUUGAGAGGUUGUUUAGAGUCGAUGACAUAAGGGUUGGCGCUACUUCACGGAAAGCAAUACCUCUACUUGUUGAUCUUCUUAAACCGAUCCCAGAUCGCCCUGGAGCACCAUUUCUGGCACUUGGGCUUCUGACUCAGCUUGCCAAGGACUGUCCAUCAAAUAAAAUUGUUAUGGUAGAAUCAGGAGUUUUGGAAGCUCUGACUAAGUACCUAUCACUUGGUCCCCAAGAUGCAACUGAGGAAGCUGCUACCGAUCUGUUGGGUAUUCUUUUCAGCAGUGCUGAAAUUAGGAAACAUGAAUCUGCAUUUGGUGCUGUUGGUCAACUCGUGGCAGUUCUACGUUUAGGAGGAAGGGGUGCUAGGUAUAGUGCUGCAAAAGCAUUAGAAAGCUUAUUUUCUGCUGAUCAUAUUAGGAAUGCAGAAUCUGCUAGGCAAGCUGUUCAACCCUUAGUGGAGAUCCUCAAUACUGGCCUGGAAAGAGAACAGCAUGCAGCUAUUGCUGCACUUGUUAGGUUAUUGAGUGAAAAUCCAUCAAGAGCUCUAGCAGUUGCAGAUGUUGAAAUGAAUGCCGUAGAUGUUCUUUGCAGGAUCCUUUCAUCAAACAGUUCAAUGGAGCUUAAAGGAGACGCUGCUGAAUUGUGUUGUGUUCUUUUUGGAAAUACGAGAAUCAGGUCAACAAUGGCUGCAGCACGGUGUGUUGAGCCUCUGGUCUCUCUUCUUGUAACUGAGUUUAGUCCUGCACAGCAUUCAGUUGUCCGUGCAUUGGAUAAGCUUGUUGAUGACGAGCAACUGGCAGAACUGGUUGCUGCGCAUGGUGCAGUUAUUCCUCUUGUUGGCCUUCUCUAUGGUAAGAAUUACUUGCUACAUGAGGCUAUUUCUAGAGCUCUUGUGAAGCUAGGGAAAGACAGGCCUGCUUGUAAGAUGGAAAUGGUGAAAGCUGGAGUUAUUGAAAGCAUGCUUGACAUCCUCCAUGAAGCACCAGAUUUUCUCUGUGCAGCUUUCGCAGAAUUGCUCCGUAUAUUGACUAACAAUGCUAGCAUUGCUAAAGGACAAUCUGCUGCAAAAGUAGUAGAGCCCCUUUUCCUUUUGCUAACAAGACCAGAGUUUGGUCCCGAUGGACAGCAUAGUGCACUCCAGGUUCUUGUUAAUAUCUUGGAGCAUCCACAGUGCCGUGCUGAUUAUACUUUAACCUCUCACCAAGCUAUUGAACCACUUAUCCCUUUACUUGACUCUCCUUCUCCGGCAGUACAACAGCUGGCAGCAGAGCUUCUCUCACAUCUACUUUCAGAAGAACAUCUUCAAAAGGAUCCCGUGACACAGCAAGUGAUUGGUCCCCUUAUACGGGUUCUAGGCUCUGGUAUACACAUAUUGCAGCAAAGAGCUGUGAAGGCUCUUGUUAGUAUCGCACUAACUUGGCCCAAUGAAAUUGCAAAAGAGGGUGGUGUCGUAGAAAUAUCCAAAGUGAUACUACAAUCUGACCCUUCACUUCCCCAUGCACUGUGGGAGUCUGCUGCUUCUGUUUUAUCAAGUAUUCUUCAAUUUAGUUCUGAAUAUUAUUUGGAAGUGCCAGUUGCUGUGUUGGUUAGAUUGCUUCGUUCCGGAUCAGAAAGUACAGCAACAGGUGCUUUGAACGCCCUGCUGGUUCUGGAAAGUGACGAUGCAGCCAGUGCCGAGGCAAUGGCUGAAAGUGGUGCUAUAGAAGCUCUUUUGGAACUUCUCAGAUGUCAUCAGUGUGAGGACACUGCUGCCAGACUGUUGGAAGUAUUGUUGAACAAUGUGAAGAUUAGAGAAACUAAAGCUACAAAGUCUGCCAUCUUACCGCUGUCUCAGUAUCUUUUGGAUCCACAAACCCAAGCUCAGCAAGCAAGAUUAUUAGCUACUUUGGCUCUUGGUGAUCUUUUUCAGAACGAGGCACUUGCUCGAAGUGCUGACGCUGUUUCAGCUUGCCGUGCCCUGGUUAAUGUUCUUGAAGAACAACCGACCGAAGAAAUGAAAGUUGUAGCCAUAUGUGCUUUGCAAAACCUUGUGAUGUACAGUCGAUCUAACAAAAGAGCCGUUGCAGAGGCUGGUGGGGUUCAGGUUGUGUUGGAUUUGAUUGGGACCAGCGAACCAGAAACAGCUGUUCAAGCUGCAAUGUUUGUUAAACUUCUAUUUUCUAAUCACACCAUUCAAGAGUAUGCUUCUAGUGAAACAGUCAGAUCCAUCACUGCUGCUAUCGAAAAAGAUUUAUGGGCUUCUGGAACUGUGAAUGAGGAGUACCUGAAGGCGCUAAAUGCUCUCUUUGGCAAUUUCCCACGUCUGAGAGCGACUGAGCCUGCAACACUCAGUAUUCCCCAUCUUGUUACUUCUCUCAAGACAGGGUCAGAGGCAACUCAAGAAGCCGCCUUGGAUGCACUUUUUCUUCUGAGGCAAGCUUGGUCGGCAUGCCCAGCUGAAGUUUCUAGGGCUCAGUCAAUUGCUGCUGCAGAUGCAAUUCCCUUGCUGCAAUACUUGAUCCAGUCUGGCCCACCUCGGUUUCAGGAGAAGGCAGAAUUUUUGUUGCAAUGUUUACCAGGAACAUUGGUCGUCAUAAUCAAGCGCGGGAACAAUAUGAAGCAGUCAGUGGGAAACCCUAGUGUUUAUUGCAAGCUUACGCUUGGCAAUACUCCACCGAAGCAAACCAAGAUCGUUUCAACUGGCCCAAAUCCAGAGUGGGACGAGAGCUUUUCCUGGUCCUUUGAGAGUCCUCCAAAAGGACAGAAACUUCAUAUAUCUUGCAAGAACAAGAGCAAAAUGGGAAAGAGUUCGUUCGGGAAAGUAACUAUCCAGAUUGAUAGGGUGGUGAUGCUGGGAGCGGUUGCUGGAGAGUACACACUGUUGCCAGAAAGCAAAAGUGGGCCAUCAAGGAAUUUAGAGAUAGAGUUCCAGUGGUCUAACAAGUGACAACCAAUACUCAAAACAUUGUUAUUCUACUGCAAAUUGAGGUAUUGAUAGAAUUCAUGUUCGACGAGAGGAAUCUUUUCUUUCCAUUUUUCCCAUUUUGGGUUAUUUAUUACAUCUGUGUACAUAAUGUACCAAAGAUUUUGAUUUUUUUUUUCUUUGCCCAGAGUCUAAAUGUAGCUAUUUGUCAAUGUAUUAUUUCGUAACUUGAUUGCAAUUAUUUUCUUAUGAACACAUGGC